CCAAAAGAGCUCCUCGUGCAAGACGGGAAGAAUCAGUCUGGAGUUGCCUCUUGGCCAGUCUUGGACACACUCCAGUCAACUGGUGAUGCUUACCCGGCUGUGUGUGCUCCUGCUAUGCGCCGAGCUGCGGGUCUCCCCGCACCGGUGCGUCUUCGACGAGGUUCAGCCUCGGGUGCGAGUGGUCCGCGCCGCCCGGGGAAGUUUGGUGCCGAAACCGGGAGAAGUGGCCCCGAUGAGGAUCGGCACUUGGCUUUCCGGAGAGAGCGAGCGCCUGUCGCAGCACGAGGAAGGGCAAGUGAGGGCCACUGUGGAGCGGGCCGUGAGGACCGUGUCAUCGUUAUUUUCAGUGGAGCAAGCCUCAAGCCCACUGCUGCUCAGCAGGGACGUCAACAAAUACUGCAAGUUUCUGUGGAAGAAUUCAAGCGGUGUCAACUACAACAGGUGUGGCCAAGCAAACAAAAACUACAGAUAUGAGAUGUGCCUGGACGUCAAGAUACCGGAUAAUCACCUCGCUGGCUGCGAAGUCUAUCCGCAGUCCAACUCGACCCGCAGUGUCGUUCUGAGGCAUCCAGGAGGCGGGGUGGCCGACGUCGACUUCCUGCUCUACCUCCAUGUCCAAACGUCGGACAAGUGCAGGGCGCAGCCUCGCCUGUUGGCCUACGCCGCCCACUGCCGGACAGAUGCCAGCGGGAGACCUUUGGCGGGUGUCGUGGUCAUCUGCAGGGAGAGACUGACAAGAGUGAGCGUACAGACUGUGGUCCAUGAGCUGUUCCAUGCGCUGGGCUUCUCCAGAGAUCUUUUUGCCACGUGGGUAGACUGCUCCGUCGAACGAGAGAUUUCAGCCUGCUCCCCUCGGGGCAAAGUGACUCACGCCGACGGAACGGGCCAGAUGAGGCUCUACACCCCGUCCGUCAUCUCGGCGCUGCAAAGGCACCUGGCGGCCGUCGAUCCCGAGUUGGGGGGGCCGCUCGAGAACUCGGAUGCGGCGCCGGGUGGCGUGUCCUCCCACUGGGAAGCCCGACUUCUGCAGGGUUCCGUCAUGUUGGCGGCGCCGGGCCCGUCUGGCGCAUCGAGCAUCGACCCACUCACCUUGGCCGCGUUUCAGGAUACGGGCUGGUAUGCCGUCAACACCAGCCGGGCACAGAAUCUGGUCUGGGGAAAAGGUGAAGGAGCUUUGUUUGGUUCCAACUUGACCUGUUAUGACAACUCGUCAUCCUUCUUCUGCACCGGCAGUGGACUCGGGUGCCAUCAUUUACAUCUCCACAAAGGUCAGUGCCUGACUGAUGCCCACCUGGACGGCUGUCGCAUUUACAAAGCUCUUGAGAACCGAAGUGAAUGCUGGAAAAAAGAAAACGAGAGGCAGUCAGGUGACGAGCGCCAAGGCGGGGAGGUCUACGGCUCAGGCAGCCGUUGUUUCUUCUCCAAUCUAACCACACUCAACCACAGUCAGCUCAUAGUGACGGGGCGCUGUUACAGACACAGGUGCACUGGAUUAAACCGCUACCAAGUCCAGGUGCUGGGCUCCGACUGGUUGGACUGCCCCGCAGGAGGCAGCAUUCAGAUAAGAGGAUACCAUGGUUCCGUUUUCUGCCCGGACAAGAGGUUGUGUCUGGACUCUGACGACAGUCCUCCCUCAGAGGCUGAGGAUGUUUUCCCCACAGGUCAACCGAAUGAGACGUUACUCCAGGACGACACCCGGUCAGCAUACAAACCUGCCGCAGACCCCUUGAUCACCACUGUGUUCUGUGUUUUGGCAGCACUGGGUGUCCUGGUUCUCGGUUUGACGAGUACCAGGUGUACCUCCUGCAAGGUUCGGAUCCAUGCGGCUUCUGGCAUGUUGAAUUGCUGAGAUCAUCUUCCUUCCAGUUCAGUGUUUAAAAAAAAACAACAAAAAAAACGCA